AUGAAGGACAUAGCUCCUGCUCUGUUCUUGAUACUAAGCUUCCUUUCAACAUUUCUUCUCCUUGUCGCCGUCAAAUCGCGACGGAGAUCGACCCCACUACCUUCUCCAUCUCCGGGACCACCGGGACCAAUCAAAUUGCCUCCAGGACCUUCGGGAUGGCCGCUUAUCGGAAACCUUUUCCAUAUCAUUGGAAAAGCUCCUCACCGUUCACUUGCUGAUCUCUCAAGAGUUUAUGGACCAAUCAUGAAUCUUACACUUGGAAGUUUAACCACAGUGGUCAUUUCUUCACCAGAGGCAGCAAGAGAGGUUCUGAGAACGCUUGACCAUGAGUUCUCUGCACGAACCUUCAGCGAGACGGUUCGAGCCAUUGGUCACCAGGAUGUUUCCAUCCCAUGGCUACCUUCCACGUCGUCUCAUUGGAGUACAUGGCGGAAGCUAUUGGCGACACAGCUUUUCUCAAGGAAAUGUAUCAAAUUCACGAACUCCUUGCGGUAUGAUAAAGUGAAAGAACUUAUAACAUUCAUUGACAAAAGGAGCGAAAGAGGAGAAGCCGUAGAGAUUGCUCGUGCUUGUUUCAUCACAUCGCUUAAUGUACUCUCAAACCUUGUGUUUUCGACCGACUUAGGUCGUUACGACCCGAGAUCGAGUGCCUCCCUGCAGUUUCAGGACUCGUUGUUUAGUAUAAUGGAAAUCAUGGGAAAACCAAACAUUGCAAACUAUUUUCCAUCUCUUGAGUUUCUUGAUCUGCAAGGUAACAAGCAAAAGAUGAAGGUGUGUUCGGAGAGGUUGUUUCGGGCUUUACAAGGGCUCAUCAAUGAUAGGAUCGUGGAAAUAUCAUUGCCUGGACCUAGAGAUGGAUUUAGCAUCGAUCUGUUGGAUUCAUUAAUCGAUCUUGUUCGAGAAGAAAGAUCGGAAGUCAACAUGAACGAUAUCAAACACUUUUUAUAUGACUUGUUUAUUGCGGGGACGGAAACGAACUCUACCACUGUGGAAUGGGCACUAACCGAGCUACUUCGCAAUCCAGAGGCUAUGGCUAACGCUAAAUUCGAGAUAAACUUUAUUGUUGGCCCAAACCAGACUCUCCGUUUGCAUCCACCGAGUCCAUUUCUGAUCCCACGCAAAGCUGAGUCCGACACAAAUUUUCUAGGGUUCCUCGUACCUGAAAAUGCUCAGAUUCUAGUGAACGCUUGGGCUAUAGGACGAGACCCGACCGUUUGGGAAAACGCGGAACGGUUCGAGCCAGAGAGAUUCUUGGGACGAGAGCUUGAAACGAUAGGUGGAGAUUUUGAGAUGAUUCCGUUUGGAGCUGGACGAAGGAUGUGCCCUGGAAUAUCAUUGGCUUUGAGGAUUGUGCCUCACAUGCUUGCUUCACUUAUCUAUUCGUUUGAAUGGAAUCUUGAAGACGAAAAACACUACGUCGCUCCUCAAGAUUUGGACAUGGACGAGACUUUUGGUAUUACCUUGCACAAGACCAACCCACUUUAUUCCGACUUCGUGAAGAAAGUACACGAUUAUUAUUUUUAG